AUGUUGUACAAGACUAUCGUUUCUACUGCUUUAUUAGCUCAAGCCUUGGCUGCUCCUUUAGCCAUCAACCAACAACACCAACACCAUAAGCACAAUGAAGAAAAGAGAGCUGUUCACGUUGUUACUCAAACCAAUGUUGUUGUUGUCACUUUGGGUUCAGGUGACUCUACUACUACUUUCACUCCAGUUUCAGCCGAGACUCCAGCAUCUUCAGCUAGUCAAGUCACUGAUGCUCCUCAAAACCAACCAACUACCACUGUCUCUGCUUCAUCUUCAUCAGAUGACAACGACUCCUCAUCUUCGUCAGCAUCAGGUUCUGACUCCUCAUCAUCUUCCCAAUCCUCAUCAAACGUUGGUUCUGGUGGUGCCAAGGGUGUCACUUACACUCCUUACGCCGACAAUGGUAACUGUAAAACUUCAUCGCAAAUUUCUUCUGAAGUUGCUGAAUUGAGUGGAUUCGACAUUAUUAGAUUGUACGGUGUUGACUGUGACCAAGUUGCUCAAGUCUUGCAAGCUAAAUCAUCAGGCCAAAAGAUCUUUGCUGGUAUCUAUGAUGUCUCUGCUAUUUCCGAUGGUGUUCAAACUAUUUCUGAUGCUGUCAAGGCCCACGGUUCAUGGUCUGACAUUCACACUGUUUCCGUUGGUAACGAAUUGGUCAACUCUGGUGAAGCUUCCACUUCUCAAAUCAAGUCUUAUGUCAACGAAGCCAAGUCUGCUUUGAAGUCAGCUGGAUACACUGGUUCAGUUGUUUCUGUUGAUACUUUUAUUGCUGUUAUCAACAACCCAGAAUUGUGUGACUACUCCGACUACAUUGCUGUCAAUGCUCACUGUUUCUUUGAUGGUGGUUACUCUGCUGACCAAGCUGGUGAAUGGGUCUUGUCUCAAAUCCAAAGAGUCUCUAGUGCCUGUGGUAACAGCAAGAACGUCUUGAUCACUGAAACUGGUUGGCCAUCAAAGGGUGACUCCAACAACAAGGCUAUUCCAUCAAAACAAAACCAAGAAUCUGCUAUCCAAUCAAUCAAGGACACUUGUGGAUCAGCUUCUAUUUUGUUUACUGCUUUCAAUGACUUGUGGAAGUCUGAUGGUGCUUACAACGCUGAAAAAUACUGGGGUUUCUUGUCAAACUAG